UGCACACGCGCAUGCGUUCCGCCGGUGACCUCAGACUUGCAUAGAUGCACGCUUCUUAGCAUUAGCAGGUUUUCUUUUGAGCAACUUGGCAGUUGUUAAAACUACGGCAAUCUAGCAAUCGACAUUGUUAUAUCGUCUGGCGAGCUGAGUUGUCCUGCCCGCUGCUUGACUGACGAGACAUUCUCCGAGCGGGACUGAAGAGGAGCCAUGCCCGGAAUCGAAGAGCUUUCCCCGGCUGCGGGCCCGGUGGCUACCCGGCCCCCCGAGGAUGAAAUUGACGACGACGACGAUGAUGAUAUUGAUGAGACCUUGGUGGAGAGGUUGUGGGGCCUGACAGAGAUGUUUCCAGACACAGUUCGUACAGCUGCUGAGUUCUCAGCACAGUGUUCGGUCUCACUGGCCAAAAAGUUUUACAGUUUCUCUCGCUCGGCCCUCUGGGUGGGAACGACUUCCUUUAUGAUCCUGGUGUUGCCUGUCGUGUUUGAGACAGAGCGGCUACAGCUGGAACAGCAGCAGCUACAGCAGCAGAGACAGAUCCUAUUGGGACCCAACACCGGUAUGUCCGGUGGGAUGCCAGGCAUGAUGCCAUCGGCCCCGGGAAAGAUUUGAGGAACGUGUGGACCAAUUAUAACCUGGAGUCUUCUUCCACAAACACGGUGGAAUCUGGUGGCCGCAAGGGGAGACAGAGAGACUGUGAAGAAAUGCAAAGAACUGCUGUAACGACAAACAAAAGGAGGCCUAAGCUUCACACCAGUCAUGCAACUUUUAGGUCACUCCACCACUCAUGCCUUGUCUGAUCCAGUGGUAAGGUGAUGUGUUUUAAGGCAUCUGUCUCACUGUCUCCCCUUAAUCACAGAGACUGAUUUUCAGGAUUACCGGUUUCCAUCUUUUUUUUUUAUCUAUAUAGUUGUAUGAAUAAAUAUAUCAUCCUGGCCAUUUGAGGGAAAGCAGGAAAAGGAGGUUUCACUGAAUGAAAAGAAGAAAUAACACAGGAAAAGGUUACAGGUAGUGAGUCAGCUGUUUGUGUUCUAAAAUGUUGAACAUUUUCUGAAACGUUUCUGCACCUGUAGGAUAUGUUUUAAGUUUAAACACUGGUGUGUGUGACAUUAUUGACAUUCACUCGUCACAAAAAAUGCCAUAAUUACAUUCAAUAUUUGUUUGUAGGAAAUAAACAUGUCUGAAGCAUCUGUGAG